AUGAAUGCGUUUGAUGUCGACCCCGAAACAAACACGUACCUCAUCUCUGCUCGAAGCAUGUGCACCAUCUUCAAAGUGGAUGGCAAUACCGGCGAUAUCAUCUGGCAGCUGGGAGGGCCAAAUUCUAAUUUCUCACUUGGCGAAGGUGUAGAUUUCUGUUGGCAGCACGAUACUCGCAUGCAUAAGAAAUACCUACACCAUGAAACCAAGAGAUCCAAAGAGAUUAUCUCACUUCUCGACAACUCAGCGCAUGAAAAUCUUGCAGGAGGACCAGACCUCCAAACACGCAAUUACAGCGCCGGCAAGGUGGUGGAACUCGAUACAAAAACACACAAAGCUACUUUGAUCGCCAGUUUCAGAGCCCCGGGAGAUCUCUCAAAUGGAAAUGCAUUCAUAAACUGGGGAUAUAACGGUGCAAUUUCCGAGCACAAACCAGAUGGAACGACUAUUUUCUUUUCCAAACUUGACUCGGGAAGACUCGGUCCAGGAUCCGAGAAUUAUCGCGCCUUCAAGUUUGAAUGGCAUGCUGUUCCAUACGAGGAGCCAGCUUUGGUGGCAUUUAAAGAAUCAAAUGGUACUUCUUGCUUUGUGAGUUGGAAUGGGGACACUGAAACAAAGGUUUGGAGAUUCUUCGAACAGACUGCCAGCGGCCAAAGGAUCCCGCUAGGACAUGCGACCAGGGGUGGGUUUGAGACCAGCUUUCAUACCAAGAGAAACGCUGCCUUGGUGGUCGCUGAAGGGUUCAAUAGCCGCGGUGAUAAGCUGGUUUCCUCUCUAGCCAUCAAAGCUGUGAAGUAUAAGGCUCGGCUAGUUUAUCCUUAG